GGGGGCUGUAGCGCUCUCCUUCAGCACUUCGGGAGCAGGGCUGGCAUCCAGACGGGCAGCGGCUGUCGAGCCGAUCACAGCGCCGAAUGCAUUUCCCUACUCAUUCAUAUUUAAAACCAUCGACCGACUGAAAUCUCAGCCUUACCGGAGACUGUCCUUUUUCACCGGAGCUGAAAAUACAGCGAAUGAUUCGAUCUGGUUUUAUUUGAUCCGUUGCGGAACUUAGAUCAUUUUCUACGAAAUUAAUCAUCUAAUCAGGUCCAGCAACUUUAUGAUACAAUAAAUAACUUAAGCUAUUUAUUCGUUUUUUUUUUGCUCUCCGCAUCUGCCGGCGUCCCCAACGUUUGUCGGAUCUGCCUAGUUUUUUUUCACCCUUUCAAAGUAAUUUCUCAAUGGACUGGACUGUCAUCAUGACCCACCCGUCGGUAACCCAGAUGGCUUGCUGAGGCAAUGCUUCGAGACCAUGGAUGAUUGUCCUUCUGUUUGUCUGUCUGCCUGGGGACUUUUAAAGUAACUGUAUCAUAAAUGGAUGACGAUAUCGACACCCGUAAAAUUAACAACAGCUUCCUUCGCGAUUACAACUAUGCAACUGAAGCUGACAUCAUCUCCACCGUUGAGUUCAACUCGACUGGGGAGCUCCUGGCUACGGGGGACAAAGGCGGGCGGGUCGUGGUGUUCCAGCGAGAGCAAGAAAGUAAGAGCCAGCCGCACCGAAGAGGCGAGUACAACGUCUACAGCACCUUCCAGAGCCACGAGCCGGAGUUCGACUACCUGAAGAGCCUGGAGAUUGAGGAGAAGAUCAACAAGAUCCGAUGGCUGCCCCAGCAGAACGCGGCCUACUUCCUGCUCUCCACCAACGAUAAGACGGUGAAACUGUGGAAGAUCAGCGAACGGGACAAGAGACCAGAGGGCUACAACCUGAAGGAUGAGGACGGCAGGAUGCGGGACCCGGCCACCAUCACGACCCUGCGGGUUCCGGUACUACGACCCAUGGAUCUCAUGGUGGAGGCCACACCUCGGCGGAUCUUCUCCAAUGGACACACCUACCACAUAAACUCCAUCUCCGUCAACAGCGACUAUGAGACAUACAUGUCCACGGACGACCUUCGGAUAAACCUCUGGAACCUGGAGAUCACCAACAGGAGCUUCAACAUCGUGGACAUCAAGCCGGCCAACAUGGAGGAGCUGACAGAGGUGAUUACAGCAGCGGAGUUUCACCCAAAUCAGUGCAACACCUUUGUCUACAGCAGCAGCAAAGGCUCCAUCCGGCUGUGUGACAUGCGGGCGGCUGCCCUGUGCGACAAUCACUCAAAAUUCUUCGAGGAACCAGAGGAUCCCAAUAACCGCUCGUUCUUCUCCGAGAUCAUCUCCUCCAUCUCCGACGUCAAGUUCAGCCACAGCGGGAGGUAUCUGAUGACACGGGACUACCUGACCGUGCGGGUGUGGGACGUAAAUAUGGAAUGCAAACCCCUGGAGACAUAUCAGGUACACGACUACCUCCGGGGCAAGUUAUGUUCGCUGUAUGAAAACGACUGCAUCUUUGACAAGUUCGAAUGCGUGUGGAAUGGAUCCGACAGUGUCAUCAUGACGGGAUCCUACAACAACUUCUUCCGCAUGUUCGACCGCAACACCAAGCGGGACGUGACCUUGGAGGCGUCCCGGGAGAACAGCAAGCCGCGGGCCAUCCUGAAGCCACGAAAGGUCUGCGUGGGCGGCAAGCGGCGCAAGGACGAGAUCAGCGUGGACAGCCUGGACUUCAGCAAGAAGAUCCUGCACACCGCCUGGCACCCAUCCGAGAAUAUCAUUGCCGUGGCGGCCACCAACAACCUCUACAUAUUCCAAGACAAGGUCAACUAGCACUGUGCCCUCGCACCCGAGACCACGCUCGAGACUGGUCGCUUCUCCCAAGGCCCCUCCCCCAAGGCUCCUCCCCCCUCCAUCCUGAUUGGUUCCCCAGAGCCAUUGCUGUUGGCCUCCUGGACACGCACAGCAGUGCAGGGGGGGAAUUAUUUUUUACUCCCAAGAGACAGCAUUUCAAAUUUAGUGGAGAGGAGGGGAGAAAGAACUAGUUUACUUACUGACAAGACUAGUUACGAUGAUCCCAGACUGACGCCCGCCAAGCUAGCUGCAAGCUAAAGUUGAUGUCAUGUUCUGGCGCCCCGCCCUGCCACCCGCAGUGACUCCAGUUAGUUUUAUUUAUUCAUUUUAAUCACACCUGCUCUCCGCUGGUGUCAACAGGUGUUACAUCACAGGAAAGGGUUUGCGUUGACAUGUAGCAUUUUUGAGUUGGUUUGGAUUUUCUAAGUGUCACGAUAACAAUAAAAUGAAAACAAAGGCA